AUGACCAGUGAGAUUACAGAUGCCUCAGGGAUUUUAACCAAUGAGAUGAUAAAGGAGGAAAAACAUUUACAUGAAGAAAGUGUGAAAGAAGAGGAGAAAAUCAAAGAAAAGCAAACAGAACUGAUGCGGGAGAUGACAGAGGAUCUACGGGAGGAGCGGUACAAGCGGCUGCAGUUCCUGCUGAGUAAAAGCAACAUGUACACCCAGUAUCUGAUCCAGAGGAUGGAAAGGCAGAAGGAAGAGGAGAGGAAGCGCCGUGAGAGGAUCCUCAAGAAACGUGCUGCGCUCCAGAAGAAGAAGGAGGAGGCUAAGAGGCAGGAGGAAAACACAGAGAAAUCAUCAGAAACUAUGGACAACUCAGCAAGGCUAGCCUCAGGCAGCAUUGUAGAAACACGGAGAGGCAAACGAGAGGCUCUGUCAGAUUCUCAGGAAAGCUCUCAAGAUAGUCAAAGUUCAAGCUCCAAAAAACGCAAAAGAAUUUUAAGUAAGGCGGAUAAUACUGGUGAUUCUGAUAAGCAGCCAUCAAAGAAACGAAAAGUCACGGAUAAUGUGAGCAUUGAAGUGGACAAGGAGAAUGUUACAGACAAUAGGGUGUCAUUGUCAGAGAGUAUAGAAGUCGCCAGUCCUGGGCCAAAGGGGGAUGCUGAGAGCUCCCUCUCACAAGAAUCCGAUGAGCUCCUGGAAGAGGAAGAGAUAACUGUGAAAAAAAAGCGAUUCAUAAAAGGGGAGUUAGCUCCCCCUGAGCAGCCUCAUUUGUUCUGUGGGGGAGUGCUACGCUCUUAUCAAGUGGAAGGCUUUAAAUGGCUAAGUAUGCUGUAUGAGAAUGGCGUGAAUGGGAUUUUGGCGGAUGAGAUGGGCUUGGGGAAGACAAUCCAGUGUAUUGCCCUACUCGCUCAUUUAGCAUCCAUGGGAGUCGGGGGCCCCUAUCUGGUUGUGGGCCCGCUGUCUACACUCCCAAACUGGUACUCUGAAUUUGUGCGGUUUACACCUAAGGUACCUGUUGUUCUUUAUCAUGGAUCAAAAGAUGAUCGGACAAGUCUAAGGAAGAAAAUCCGCCGUUUGCUUCCAGUAAAGAAGAAUGUGUUGACACAACCUGUGGUGAUAACGUCGUAUGAGAUCGCUAUGAACGAUAGGAAAUAUCUGCAGAACUACGAGUGGAAAUACCUCAUAGUGGAUGAGGGACAUAGGAUAAAAAACGCUCAGUGUCGGCUCAUACAUGAGCUGAAGAUGUACAAAAGUACUCACCGUCUGUUACUGACGGGAACGCCUCUUCAGAACAACUUGGCAGAGCUCUGGUCACUCCUCAACUUUCUCCUCCCGGAGAUCUUUGAUGAUUUGGGAAGUUUUGAGGCCUGGUUUGAUGUCGAAUACAUCACAGGAGAGGGCUCUGAUGAGAGACUAGCUGCUGACAGUCAGAGGCAGAGUGUCCUGUCCAUGUUACAUCAGAUUUUAACGCCAUUCCUGUUGAGGCGUCUGAAGUGCGACGUGGACUUGUGCAUCCCGCCAAAGCGCGAGGUGUUGGUGUACGCCCCGCUCACCUGUGGCCAGAAGGAAUACUACUCUGCCCUCGUUAAUAGAACUGUCCUUCAGAUGAUUGAAAAGAAAAAGGUAGUAGAGGAGAAGGUUGAAGUAAGCCCUAAUGGCCGUCCUGUGCGCCGUGCGAGCAGAAAAGUGAACUAUAAACUGUUCAUUGAGGAUGAGAUGGAGGAUCAAGAGGAAAAAAUGAAGGAUGAAAAGGCAGAUAACUCAGAUGAGGAGGAUGAAGAGUUGGAGGAAUGGGUGAAGGCUGUCAUGGAAAAUCAGACCAACAAACUGAAAAAAGAAGAGAAGAGAACUCUGUAUUCUUCGCAGGUGACCAUCAAGAUGGCAAACAUCAUGAUGCAACUGCGUAAGUGCUGUAACCACCCAUAUCUGCUGGAAUACCCACUGGAUGACCAGGGAGAGUUUAAAAUUGAUCAGCAAGUCAUCAGCGCAUCGGGGAAGAUGCUGCUUCUUGACCGCAUGUUGCCUGAGCUCCAGAGGCGGGGCCAUAAGGUGCUGCUGUUCUCCCAGAUGACAAAGAUGUUGGACAUUGUGGAGGAUUACUGUUACCUGAAGAAGAUCAAGUAUUGUCGGUUGGAUGGAAGCAGUAAGGUGGAGGACCGUAGAGACCAGAUUGACACCUUUAACAAAGAGGUGGAUGUGUUUGUUUUCCUGCUCAGUACAAGGGCAGGAGGGUUAGGGCUUAACCUGGUCUCUGCUGACACAGUGAUUAUAUACGACAGUGACUGGAAUCCCCAAAGCGACCUUCAGGCUCAGGAUCGCUGUCAUCGGAUUGGUCAGACAAAACCAGUGGUUGUGUAUCGCAUGGUUACGGCAAACACAAUAGACCAGCGGAUUGUAGAAAGGGCUGCUGCCAAGAGGAAACUGGAGAAGAUGGUCAUUCACAAAGGAAAAUUUAAAAGUGGGAUGAACAACUUUUCCACUAGCCUUAUACCCGUCAACCCGGAGGAGUUACUUGCUCUUCUCAAGACAUCUGACCACGAAGGGGUUGUUCAGGGAAAGGAAGGGGAAGUAAUUAGUGACAGGGAUCUCCAGAAGCUGCUAGAUAGAUCCGACCUGGAGCAGAUAUGGCAGAAACAGAAGCAGCUCAAGUUAAAAGAAGAAGAUGGAAAGCCUGUAGAAGAGACAAAGGAGGAUGCAUGUGUGAAGGAGACUAGAGGUGAUGUGUCCGGUAUUUUCAAGGUUUUGGACACAGAAUCUGGGCGAGUGGGUCUGGGAGCUACAGGCGAGAACUCAGCUCUGCCCACUGCUGGACAAUCCUAAUACACGUGUCACCAGCCCUCAGUGACAGAGCUUAGAGCAGACCACCUGGAGGAGAACUGGAUCAUUCCCACAUCACACCUCUCCACAGCCCCCAGUUACAGAAGCUAAAACAGGCUGCCCCGAGAACUGAGCCACAUCUCAACAGCCCCAUACAUAGUGACACAACUUAAAACAGAUUACCUGGAGACUUUGGAUGUGAUUUCUGAAAAAUAUGACACAGGGCUUAGCCCCCAGUGAAAGACACCUUCAUCCAGUUUCACACUUUGCGCUUGACUUUUGGGAGUGGGUUGUAUCUAGGUACAAUAUCUGAACUUGAUUGAAAUUUUUUCAUUUCUUUUUACUUUUUAGGUUUUUAUUUAUUAUGCCAUUCCUAACCUUCAUUUAUUUUAGGAGACACAUAUUGUAAGUUGUUGUCAAAUUCUGACUUAAUUCCAUACCUUUUUAUGAUCUUGGCAUACAGCAGAUUACCCGUAACUCAUUGUGUGUUUUAGGCUUAAUCCUGCUCUCAGAAAGACAAGUUCUUAAUACUGAAUGCAUAACGAUAACCUGACUGUUGAAAUGUCCAGGUGGAGACAAGUUGUAGUCAUACUAACCUCAGUUGAGGUGCAGUCAAGUUCUCAACACUGAAUGCAAAUCUGAGUGCAGAAAUGUUCAGGUGAAGACUUGCUGUGGUUAUACUCCCAUUAGUUAAGGUACAGACAAGUUCUCAACACUUAAGGCAUAACCAAGUGUAGAAAUGUUUACGUGAAGACUAGCUGUAAUCAUACUGCCGUCAGUUGAGGUACAGACAAGUUUUUAACACUGAACACAUGACUGAGUGGAGAAAUGUCCAGGUGAAAACGAGCUGUAGUCAAACUGCCCUCAGUCGAAGUAAAGACAGUUUUAACACGGAUUGCAUAACGCUGCAGUGAGUGUGGAAAUAAGUGAAGUGAAGACUUGCUGUAGUCAUACUGUCCUAGUUUGAGGGGAGCAAACAAGCACUCAACACUGAAUGCAUAAGGCUACCGUGAGUGUGGAAAUGUCCAGGUGAAGACUAGGUGUUAUACUGCCCUGAGAUGAGGGUUCUACCCUUGAAGUUUUAUUAAGACCUCAGCCUGGUUUCUUUUUUUAUGUGCUUUUUGAUGAGAAACACUCCAAACAUAUACUUAGGCAGUUUGACUUAAAGACUGAACAGUUCAGGUGAAAUACCUGUCUUGAAUAGUUUAGGUGAAAUGCUGUUGCAUUGAACAGUUUAGGUGAAAUACAGGUUUUGAACAGUUUUGAUGAUAAGGUGCUGUCUUAAACAGUUUAGGUAAUAUACUACUGCCUUUAAUAGUUUGGGUGAACUUCCCAUCUUGAAUAUAUUAGGUGAUAUGUUGCUGUCUUAAACAGUUUAGGUGAUGUACUGCUGUCUUAAACAGUUUAGGUAAUAUUCUGCUGUCUUAAACAGUUUAGGUGAUGUACUGCUGUCUUAAACAGUUUAGAUGAUAGACUGCUGUCUUAAACAGUUUAGGUAAUAGACUGCUGUCUUAAACAGUUUUGAUAGACUGCUGUCUUAAACAGUUUAGGUAAUAGACUGCUGUCUUAAACAGUUUAGGUAAUAGACUGUUGUCUUAGACAGUUUAGGUGAUGUACUGCUGCCUUGAACAGUUUAGGUAAGGUAACAUGCAGCCAUCUUGAAUAGCUUAGGUGAUACACUGUUAUUUUGCAUGAAGCAAGCUGGGUUAUCUUGUUAAUUCAGGGAGAUGCUCAAGAAUAAUGCAUGCAUUUAAAGAUUAAAUUUGAAUGACAAAAGUACAGAAUUACAGACCAGUAAACAGUUGUUUGCUGGGUGAAAUGUGACAGAACUUUGAUGGGGGUAAUGUGUUCGGCCUUUGCAUUUAUGUUUAUUCCAACAGUGUCUGAUUCUGAAGUGGGGUGAUUAAGGACAUACUGUACUGACCAUUCCAACUUGUUCUCCCUCAUGCUCUACUCUGGAAGUAAUACUUUGCUUUGUUGUACAAGUAGUUGACAUGUAAUGGUAAUGGUUUCUCAUCUUUUUGUUGCAUUUAUUUUGUGAUUUUGUUCUUUGACACCGAAAUCCAUACUCCGUGGUUAUGCAUUGAUAAUAGUAAUUACGUGUACUUCACAUCUUGAUUGGUAUUUCAAAGAUAGUAGCAGAUGGCAUGAAACCAGUGGUAUGGAGGACUGCUUUUAAUUUUAUAAGAAAUAGUGUUGAUUGCUUAUACUGGAGCUGGUUUUAUAAAGCGCUCUUUGUUAAGUAAGCACUUAAUUACCAUUGUUACCAACUAAUGUGAUCGACCAAAUCGGCUAAGGACUACUUAACGCCUCGCCAUCAUCCAGCAAAUGAUGAUGAACAUUUUUCAUACCGAUAUGGUUGGUAAUGAUGCAAGUCACCAUAUCAAGACAUUGCUUACACAAUUUAUAGAAGUUUUCCCCCAUGCAACUGGUUUAAAGCAAUUAUUUCACCUAAAAUUGAACUGGCUGCCUUUGUAUGCAGUUACCAUGGGAACCAUUAGUGUUUAUAUGAUGGGUAACUAAUUGUGGAAAUGUGAACCAUUUUGAUACAGAGGAUCAUAGUAUUCAGUGUAUAGAUGGCAUGUAAUUUGUACCCAUGAUUCACAGGAUGUAAUAUGUAAAGGUCUAAAUUAACAUAUAUUUAACAGUUCUGUGUGGUUUUUGUUUUGCUUACUUUAGGAUGAUGAUUUCCCCUUACCGUCAUCGCAUUUGUGAAAAACAACACACCUAGUGUAGUAAGUAAUUUCAAUAGAACUUACAC